AUGGCUCUUCUUCUAGACAAUUGUGAAGGCAUUUUGCUCUCUCUAGACUCUCACAAAUCAGUGCCGGCACCCUUCCUUACAAAGACAUACCAACUCGUAGACGAUCCCAGCACCGAUCACAUAGUCUCUUGGGGCGAAGACGACACCACCUUUGUCGUUUGGCGUCCUCCCGAGUUCGCUAGGGAUCUUCUCCCAAACUAUUUCAAACACAACAACUUCUCAAGCUUCGUUCGCCAGCUCAACACUUAUGGUUUCAGAAAGAUUGUGCCUGAUAGAUGGGAGUUUGCGAAUGAAUUCUUCAAGAAAGGAGAGAAACACUUGCUGUGUGAGAUCCAUAGAAGAAAGACUUGUCAGCCUCAGCAUGUAACAAUGAAUCAUCACCAUUCAUCUCCACUGGGACUCAACGUUCCUACUUUCUUUCCUUUCCACAACAGAGUUAGCAUCUCUCCUCCUAAUGACUCUGACGAGUUAACCAAUUGGUGUGACUCGCCGCCAAGAGGAGGAGGAGGAGGAGGCACUUCAGCCAUGAUCGGAAGCAACUACAACACCGUCACUGCACUCUCUGAGGACAAUGAAAGACUAAGACGAAGCAACAACAUGCUCAUGUCUGAGCUCGCACACAUGAAGAAGCUUUAUAACGAUAUAAUCUACUUCGUUCAGAACCAUGUUAAGCCUGUGGCUCCAAGCAAUAGUUACCCUUCUUUUCUUCUCUGCAAUAAUAAUACACCACAAGCCUCCGCUUCCUCUCCUUGUAAUGUUUCAACGGUGCAAAGGCCAAUGAACCAGCUUUUGGGGUAUUAUUCGAAUAACCCUAAGCAAGCUCAUGCUAUGAACUCUCCCACUAACACUUCAAGAAGCUCCAUAACAUUUGUUGAACAACCUAGCAGUAACAGCUGCAAGACUAAGCUUUUUGGGGUAUCUCUUCAAUCCAAGAAAAGGGUGCACCCUGAGUAUGGAUCUAAUCUCAUGAAUUCUGAAACGAACAAGGCUCGUUUGGUGUUGGAAAAGGAUGACUUAGGCUUGAAUCUCAUGCCUCCUUCAACUUGUUAGUCCUUUGAAAACUCUAAACUAGCUC